CGCCUCGCGGAAGGGGGUUCGGGUGUCAAUGAUUUGCAGGUCAUGGCUUUCUUCCCCGGGUAGGGGGCAGGCAUAGGGCCGGGAAGUGGGCUAGCAGCGCUGUAGCGAAAGUCGGGGUGUUUUGAAUUCGAGGCUCGUUGAAGCGGAAGGGAAGUGUGAUGAGUCGAACUGAGAGGAGGUGUUGUUAGGUUUUCACCUGUGAUCGGUCCUCUUAGCUCUGUUGUUGCUUUAGGACCCGUCGUUGUUCGAGAGGACGAGUGUUGAGAGUUUUAGGGGAGGAGUUUUGGUGUCUUGUGGAGAGAAUGGUGAGUGUUGGAAGGGGUUUUGGAGAUUGAAGACGGUGAAGCGGGGGAAGGAACGAUGGUGAGUGUGCAAGGAAAGUGGACAGGCUUUGCUUUCUCGAUUUGAAUUGCUCGUUGCGUUGGAUUCGGAGGGAGAAGAGCUGCGGGGGAAUGCAGUAGCUCUGGUAGUGACCUUUGUGUGGUUGGCUAUUGCUGGGAGAAAAGAGGAAGGGAGAGUGAGUUUUGCUCAUGAGGUUUGAUUUAGAUGGCUAUAGAAUAUAGGUUGCAUGGACAGGGUGGAAAAUAGGAUUGGAUCCUUUCCUGUGACAGAAAAGAAACUGCGUUUGGGGCACAUGAACAAUGGCGGAGAAUAAAGACGACGCCGAUUCCGAAUCGGUUUAGGACUGUGAGGUUUUUUGUAUAGUUGGGGGAAUGCCCGUACAGGAGAAUUUUCUUGCCAGUUAACUCAAGGUUGAGAAACGAUGAGAUCAACUUCGCCCUCUGCUUCUCCGUCCUCGUCACGUAAUCGACCCCCGUCCAAGGAACAUGCAGCCGUGCUUGAAGGCUUGGCCCGCCUCUCCACGGACGAGUUCAAUGAAAAGCCUUUUACCGGGCUUGUAAUAUGCGUGACUGGACUCUCGAAAGAGGCUCGCAAACAGGUGCAGAUGAUGACUGAGCGCAUGGGUGGCCAGUACAGCCCAGAUCUUCACGUCAACUGUACUCAUCUAGUUGUCCAAAGCUGCAGCGGGCGAAAGUUUGAACAUGCUCUGAAGCAUGGAUUGCACAGGGGUUUAUAUGUUGUCACAUUGCCAUGGUUCUUAAAUUCUGCAAAACAAUAUGAGCGCUUAGACGAAUCCUUGUACAGUGUACAAAAGAGUAUCGCUGAUGCAAUUACUUCUGAAAAUAUAUCCGAUACCAUUGCCAGUAGCAGCUGGCAAAAUUCAUGCAUGCCAGCUACUUGUGACCUGGGGUCUGCGUACAGACAGAACAACUCCGUUUCGAAACCAAGGAGCUCUGGAGGGUCUGUAAAGACUUCAGCAAGCACGCCUCGCACUCCGCAUUCCACUCAUACAAUCCAUGCCUCGAAUUCAAAUACUGCCCUUUCAGGUGCUCGGUUUUACGUAGAUCCGGAUCUACCAGAUGACUUGCAAGCCAAGGUGCAAGAAGCAGUUGAGUCUUGGGGCGCAACAUGUGUGGAAUUAUGGUCCAAGAACAAUAACACAACUCAUGUUGUGUGUGAUCCCAACUCACUUUCCAAGUAUAUCGGCCUCAAUCUUCAUCUUGUCUCUCCUAUGUGGGUUCUUUCUGCAAGAGAUGGCUUCCCAUUACGAUGUGUUCAAUACUCAGCAGAUCUUGCGAGAAAUGUGGCUGACCUUCUAUCUGUAAAGGAAAAUGGUACCCUGCCUAAGGGUUCUAUCAAUACCUGUGGAAGACCUGGCAAUGCCAGAGUAGCUGAUUCUCACUUGCAAGAUCGACAAGAGAAGGCCACUGCAGCGAAGGCAGGAGUGCGCCGAAGACGAGGUCCUCGUAUGCAGCCCUGUAGGACGCUUCCUCGACCAAUCACACCAACUACCCUUUUAGACUCCAUAUGUUGGGUAGUGACAGACACACCAUCUGCUGCAGAAGUAUAUACAGAUAGCUCAGGCAAGGCUUCUUUUGAAAAUGAUGAAGCGAAGAAUGGUUAUGAAGAUGACAAUGGUCAGUACCGGGAUCCUGGAAACAAAGUCUCUGACAAGGAAUUUUACACAAGGCUUUUGAGCGAAAGUGAAAAGCGGGAGAUUGUGUUCAGAGGUGCCUUUUUGACGAUAUUAUUUCCUAUUGACCGUUUUUCUGAGCUGGGUCCAUCUUCGCGGACAUUUUUUAGCGAGGGAGGGUUCUCCAGAGAGAAAAUUAUUGAGUUGAUUCAUUCAUUUUAUCAGGAAUAUAUGUCACCUGAUGAGAUCGAUGCUGCGAUUCACACGGACUCCAAGCAUGCCGAUCGUCUGCGGACAGCAUACUCUUCUGAAGAGGUUGACGAGCUUGGUUAUGUCCCAAUACUGCGGUCUGAGUUUCUCGGCAGUCGGCGGCAGUUCGAAGGGUUGAAAAGAAUUGGACAGGAACAAACCAGUCAUAUUUAUGAUCUCUGGCUGGGCUCUUGAAGAUAUUGACUUUAUCACGUUCAUACUUUUCUAUUGCAAUGGAAAGUGAUUCUGCUGGGAGGCUCCACAUGCAGAUACUUCCCUCCAAAGACAGGGUUAUGUUACGUCUCCAGGACUGAAAUAAAAUCACUCAUUACAAUUAGGAAACGCAAUCGUAUUGCAUUGACUCCAAAAUCUCUCAAUCUAUCUCCAGAUUCUACGGCUUGAGUUCUAGAUAGAGAAAACAUGAGUGGAAAUAAAAAUCUAUACCCGAGAUGCCAAAACUCGAUAUCUUUUGGA